AUGGCCAAAGGUGAGGCUCGUUGUGCACGGAAGCUCAAACCAUGGCUAGUAGAGCAAGUUGACAGUGGAAAGUAUCCUGGACUAAUGUGGGAUGAUGAAGAAAAAACUUGCUUCCGAAUCCCAUGGAAACACGCAGGGAAACAGGACUUUCGACAUGAUGAAGAUGCUGCCAUCUUUAAGGCAUGGGCUCAGUACAAGAACAAAUACAAAAAUGGAGAUAAAGAGGAUGCAGCAGCAUGGAAGACAAGACUUCGUUGUGCAUUGAAUAAAAGCCUAGAAUUCCAAGAGCGUCCAGAAAGGUCCCAGCUGGAUAUAUCUGAACCAUACAAAGUUUAUAAAAUUGUUCCACCGGAGGAGCAAGGUGACCCCCAAUCAGGAAAACUGACACAGAAGAGGAAGACUUCAGCAGAUUUAAAGGCCAAAUCUUGUGAUAAGGUUGACCAGGUGGAAAAGAAGUCUAAACAUGUGAGCCUGAAGCGUCUGCCUGAGGUCCAGCGAUUCCUGGGGACUUUGAAGCGGCUGUUUUUUACAGUGCUGGUCCGGCCCCACAUCUUCCCCCUCCUCCUUUCUGCUGCCCGCAGAGUCCGGCGCAGCCCUGAAAUGCAAGUCACAGUACUAUACAGUGGUGUUGAAGUAUCGAACUUAUUGAUUCGGAGCGGAGAAUGUAAACUCUCAGCUAAAGCUCCUACCCAGUGCUUCUUGGGAGAGAUGGAGCAUGUUCUUCUUCCUUUACCAAUAGAACCACUUGAUCAAGACACACAGAAGAAGACAGGGGAUCUUCUGAAGUUUCUUCAAGCUGGAGUUAUGUUAGCCAGCAACAUUGAUGGAAUCUUUGCUCAACGCCAAAAAUCUUGUUCUGGGCGCGUUUAUUGGACUGGCCCGUGUACAAACAGUCAAGGAACAAUUAAUAAACUGGAAAGAGAUAAACAUGUUAAAUUAUUUGACACACAGAAGUUCCUGAAAGAACUGGAAUUAUACAGAACGAAUGGUGGCAACCCACCAGAAUAUCAAGUCACCUUAUGUUUUGGAGAAGAAUUCUCAGACAGGGACCCUACUGAAGAUAAACUGAUCACAGCAAAGAUUGAGCAAGCUUUGGCCUCUGAGUUGGUGCAACAAGCAACUGAAAAUCUCUAUGCUGCUCAUGUUCAAGAUCCAGUCAAGGUGGAGCCGCCUUCCCCAUAUCUGAUUCAGCUCAUGCCUGUGGAUACAUCAGACAGCAUGUAUACUUGAGGUUUAUAGCUAUAUACUGCACAGAAUAAGAUCUAAAUGUUAUAUGGCAGGGGUGGCCAAGGUCAGUUUUUACUAUUGUGUCUUCAGGUUCCUGAAAUUAGCUAGCACAAUUAUAAACAUGUAUCCGUAGUUUUGUAUUUAGAUUUUUUAAUUGAA